AUGCCAAAGGUAGCCAAAGGGAACGGGAAACAGAGAAUGGCCGCAGUAACCGACGAUUUUGCAAGGAAGUGCGAGAUAAAGCAUAAUGACAUGCUGGGCAGAUUUGUGGUUGCCCUGUGUAAUCUUCGAGCUGGCGAGACCCUGCUGCUGGAGAAUCCUAUAGUGGUUUUGCCCCAAAUGGGCGAUAGACGCUGCACCAAGUGCUUUAAUCUAACCGAGAGUUUUUGUAGAAAGUGCCGUCUGUUGGCUUUGUGUGAGGAUUGCUCCGAUCAUGACGAACGCGAUUGCAAAAGACUUGCUGAAAUGAAUUUAUCCGACGACCAGGUGGAACUGCUCCAGAAAAAGGAGCACACCGAAAUUCAGCCAGUUCUGAAAUGCCUGCUGUUAAGAGAGCACGAGGAAACCCUGCCCUUGUACGAGGAAAUGUCCCAAAUGGAGUCCCAACUUAUGACUAGAAGAGGGACUGAUAUCUGGAAAAACUACCAGGAGCACGCAUUUACUCCUCUGAAUUCUGGUGGAGUGCUAGCACAACUACGAGGCGCGGCGGAUGAGGACCUAGUACAAGGUCUCCUAGGCAUCCUGGACAUAAAUGCCUACGAGAUAAGGGCUCCGGAGGUGGGUGGCGCCAUGAGAGGACUGUAUCGCCGGGCAGGACUCUUUGCCCACAGCUGUAUGCCCAACCUGGUAAUUUCAAUCGAUGACGAGCGACGUAUAAAGGUCUACGCCAAUCGGUUUAUAGCCGCCGGAGAGAUCCUUUACAAUUGCUACACCAAUGUGCUCCUGGGCACCGAGGAGCGUCGCCAAAUCCUCAAGGAAGGCAAGUGCUUCGACUGCUCCUGUCCACGAUGCCAGGAUCCCACCGAGCUGGGAACACACAUGAGCAGUUUCAUUUGCAGUCACUGCUCGUGCGCAGAUGGGUACAUAGUACGGCAGCCGGAUACCGGAAUAUGGCAGUGCCUUCUUAAUCCGGAGCACACACUAAAACAGGAGUUCGUAUCGAACAUGCUGGAACGGGCUAAGGAGGAAAUAUUUCACGCAAGGGAUGAUAUAUAUCGACAGGAGCUCCUCUUGGCCAAGCUGAGUCGCCUUCUUCAUCGGAAUCAUUUCCUAAUGCUGGAUCUAAAGCAAAAUAUCGCCUCUAUAUUGCGACAGAUCCUUCAGAAUAUAGGUACCCGACCAAAUAAGAAAGUAUACGAGCGGAAGAUUCGUUUGUGCCAGGAGAUAUUGUUGGUACUCAAGGUCGUAACACCUGGAAUCUCCAGAUUGAAGGCUAUCGCCCUCUAUGAACUGGCUAACACACAGGCCGAAUUGGCCAGAAAAAUGUAUACUGAAAUGGAGCACAGUGCCAAUGACCUUCUGGCCGAAUUGGAAAGAGUAGAGGUCAUGCUGCGGGAGUCCCUGCGAAUGCUUCUAUUUGAGCCACUGGCCACUCCAGAGGGCCAGCUGACGCGAUCAAUGCUCCGAGAGCUGAAGGAGCUGCAGGAUGAUAUAAAAAAUCUGCGAGAAUCCGAUGACGAUGUGGUAAAUCAAUAAGAUCUACGAGUUUGCAGUUUGAAACUGGUAUUUGAAUUCAAUAAGCAUUGCUUCCCAUGUUUAACUAAUGACUUAUAAAUGGGGAUAGAAGUCAAAUUGUUGAUUAAAAAUUUAAAUUUGAAAGAGGAUACAAUAUUACUUCAGCUACAUUUUAAAUCAAGUAAAACAAUAGUAAAAGUAAUUAAGUCAAAAACAAGUAAUUCAUUUCACUUUUCGUUUUUACUAAAACAAUUUACAAAUAAGCUUUAGAAGAUUCUAAAAUCUCGAUAAUCAAACCGAAACUGUUAGGAAUGCUAACGAACAAUACGAAAUAAUACUAGUUUGCAUUACUUUUUAAUUAAACCAUUACUAAAUUUAAAUUCGAUAACAUAUAUAGAGCUUUAAUCGAAGAGCCGCACGUUUGCUGUUAUCGUUUAAUUUACCGCUUUCGCAACACUACUGAGUUUAUUUAUUGUUAUUUAUCUUUUUUUGCAUUAAACAAUAAAAGCUCAGCUAGACAAAAGAGUUAACCGUGGAAUUUUCGACAUUUCCAAAUAAAUAACACAAAGAGGCAGUGAAAUUAUGGGAACAGCUGAUGACUGAUAAUACAGAUGGGGUAUGCACCGCGAAUAAGGGAUAAAACAACCCCCAAUUGGGAAAAAAACGAGGGUUUGCUGCUCAGUUGCGAUUUGCAUGUGCCGUGGAGAUAAGGUGCUCCUCUGCGCCGCUUGAUUCUGCGACUGCAAAAAAUUCCCAACCGUGGAGCAACAACAAAUGCUGCAAUAUAUA